UUCGCCCACGUAGUCCCGUUUAAUACGAGAACAUCUUCCUCUUGUGUUUAUUUUUUAUUAUUUAUUUAUUUGCUUUCACAAAUAAAAUACUAUGUGUCGAUUCCACACCAUAACAGAGUUACACUCCAAGAGAUGUAUCCACCGACAAUAAGACAUUUAAAAUAACAAUAACUUUAAACUAAAAACUUUUUAAGUGUUUUACAUCUAAAUCAAUGAGGAUGUUUUUACAAGUGCGUGUGUGUGUGUGUGUGUGUGUGUGUGUGUGUGUGUGCGUGCGUGCGUGCGUGUAUGUGUGUGUGUGUGUGUGUGUGUGUGUGUGUGUGUGUGUGUGUGUGUGUGUGUGUGCAAAUUCCGAUUUUACAUGCUUUAUUGUUCACUUGCAUCACUGUAUAUGAAUUAAAAACCUCAUUAAAAUAUUAACGACAUUAUCGAAUAAGAUAAACCGUCUAUUUGAGCCUAUUUUACUGCCAAGAUUUAAUAUAAAAUGACACUUUAACUAUCUAACAGCACAAAACAGUUGUCACUGAAAAUACUAAAAUCGAGCUUAUCUUUCAAAAAACAAAACCGACUCAAUAAAAUCGAAUAUAUCGAAAAUUCAGCAUAUCAAUUUCAGUCCAAAUUCAAAUAAGUAAACUAAAUAGUUUUUAAUAAGUUAUUAUCUUAAUUGUCGGGUAGUCGACACAGAAACAAUAGCUCUUACAUUUAUUUCAUUAAAAAUUAAGUUUUCUUCUAUUAAGGAUCAAGAAACGUUGUCUCUUAUUAGAACAAUCACGGUUUGAAGUAUACGUAAUAGAAUUUACUGCUAUUUUGAGUUUUCUCGUGAAACUUUUCAUACAUUAUCUCACCAUGGUGAAGUGCAACUCCUGUGAUAGUGACAUAAAGCAAAAGGAAAGCGUAUUAUCGUGUUCAAGACCCGCAUGCAAGCUUCAAUAUCACCUUGCUUGUGUUCCCAAUAAGCAAGGGAAUCCAUCAUCAACUUGGGUAUGUCCAGCAUGUAAGAUAAAACAGACACGCCGAGGAGAUAAUUCUGAUACACCAGUGAAGACCACAUGUAGCGAAGAAGAGUUUGUGAACACCAAAAGCCGUUCGCGUAACCCACCGGCGGUCAGCGGGAGUGGCUCUGUUGACGAGGAAAAGCCAUACGACAUUCUAGCAACAAUAAGAUCAGAACUGGAACAAGUAUUUCGCCGUGAGUUACCUAACUUCCUCGCUAAAGUUACGGAAUCGGUGUCAAAAGCAUUGGAAAGUAAAUUCUUAGAGCUAGAAAAAACCGUCAGAACAGUAAGCGACUUAUAUGACGGUAUUAAAUCUACGGUUGAAAAAAGCACAUCUUCUGUCAAAAAAUUACAGACUGAAAAUAAAAACCUUAAUGAUCAGAUUAAAACGCUUCAAACCAAGUUAAAUAACAUGGAAGAGGCAUCAUUAAGACAGGAACAAUGGUCAAGACUUCAAAAUAUCGAGAUAGUGGGCGUCCCAGAGGCUAAAGAGGAGUCCUUACCAGAUGUCUUGAAUAAUAUAGUCAAACAUCUUAAUGUGCCCCUUGAUCCUCAUGAAUUGGAUUUCAUUCAUCGUAUACAAGCAAAGAGGCAGGUCAAAGGACAACCACGAAGCUUAGUGAUUCGCUUUCAAAACCGAAAUAAAAGGGACGCAAUAUUGUCAGCUGCUCGCAAAUGUGGAGGAAUCACGUCCAGGGAUAUUGGAAUGCAAGGUGAACUUAAAAAUAUUUACAUUAACGAACACUUAACAAUACAUAACAAGCAACUGUUGUCAAGCUGUAAAAAAAAAGCUAAAACUAACAACUACAAAUUCGUUUGGACAAAAAACUGCCGUAUAUAUACAAGGAAAGCCGAAAAUUCACCGUAUUUGCUAAUAUCUUGCGAGGACGACCUGAAGAAGAUUAUAUAG